AUGAGCGCUACACAGUCCGCGGCAGAGAGUGGUGUGAGCAGCCUUCAGCGUUCCGGUUUCAGCAUCACCGUCGGAGACACGAAGUCCAUUGUGCUAGCGUUGCAAGCGCUUCAGAGCAAGAUUCGCUCUCUUGAGCAAGACCGUGACUUUCACCAAGAUCAGUAUGAGGUGGCACUACAGGCUCACGAGCGGUACAAGCUGGACAUGGAGCGUCAGAUGGAGCAGGAGCGUGGGUCACACCGUAAGAGGGAGGCGGAUCUGCUCGAGCUACUGCGCAAGGCUCGCGAAGAGCGGACACAGCUAGAGGAUACCCUCAACGGCAGCAAGAAGGACCUUGGCGGCUUUCGACGCGAGCUGGAGCAAAUGAUAGCCACUGAAAAGGAGCUCUCCAGCCAGCGAGAGUCGAAGAUAAACAUGGAGGUGGCGAAGCUGCGUGCUGACAUCAAGGAAGAGCAGACACACCGAGCUGCUCUGCUGGUGACAGUGGACAAGCUGAAAGCGGAACGCGAGUCAGCUUUGAGGACGAAUGAGCAGCUUCGGAUGGCUAUGGAUGACCUCCUCACUCGCUACGAGCAGCUGCAACGGCAUCGUCCGUCGCCCCAAGCGGCGACGCACCGGCGUUCGAGCAGUGGCCUCAGAGGUGAGGCACACUUGCGCGCAGCACCAGCCACCGGUGCGUACCCACGCCCCCUCGUGAGUAGUCGCACCCGCUCCCCCAGGCAUGCACCGUCGCGCGAGCUUCGAAGACUUGCAUUGUCUGCACGCCAGCGUACGGUGCUUCCUGCGCUGCACCACAACUACGAAGACCCAACAUGCAACUCGAUUCUCCGUGAUGUGCGCGUGGUCCCCGACGAGGCCCCGCCGUGCCCCUACCCAUCAGUAAACUCAUCCCUGCAUCAGCCACAGCCGGACCCAGUGGGGACGACAGGAAGCGCGAACACGGCUCGCAGCAGGCAAGCUCUGCUCACACAGACGACAGCGACGCCGUCGCGAUCUGGAAGGCCAUCCGUUGCUCGCCGGCCAUCCGAGAGUGGCGUGGCUGGCCCUUCAGAGCACCACAUCAGGGCGAUAAAUGAGGUGGAGGCGCAGCUCCGAAAGGAGCUGGAGGCGCUACAGCAUCGCUACGAUGAUACAAUCGUGCGCGGUGCGUCCGAGGAGGUGCCACGUGAGGUGCUCGCCGCUGCUCUGCAGCGCAUUUCGGCCCUCAUAGAGCAAAAGAAGGAGCAGCUAAAGUUGCUCAAGGAGGCACGGAUGGAAUUGGACGGGGCGGCGUCGCUUUACGCAGCCAGAGGCGCAACUACGACGGUGAACGGCGGCGGCGAUGGCUCACCGUCGACGUGGGCGACGCAGAACAAGCACACCCGUCGCACCUUGCUCGUGAAUGAGCUUCGCUCCCUGCUGGCCGAAUCCGCAAAAACCACUUGA